AAAAAUCCUCUGGUCUAGGCACCCGACUUGCGUGACGUCACCGCCGCCCCGGUCCACGUUCCCGUGCGUGGACACAAGAUGGGAGGCGCCACCAUCGCCGUGCUCGGAGGGGGGAUUUCGGGGCUCGCCAGCGCCUAUUACGCCGCGCGUGCAGGCGGCGCCGUUAAGAAGGUGGUGCUGCUGGAGGCUGGGCCCGUGCUGGGAGGCUGGGUGCGAUCUUCGCGCUCCCCACAGGGGGCGGUGAGCGAACUCGGCCCGCGGAGCGUGAGGCCGAACGGACUGGUCGGGGGCAACACCCUGUGCCUGCUCUCCGAUCUGGGCCUCUCUGACUCGGUGCUCCCAGUGACGCGAGCGUCUCCAGCCGCCAAGAACCGCUUCGUGUUCACGGGGGGCACCCUGCACACCCUCCCCAACUCGCUGUGGACUGCCCUGAGCCGGCGGCCCCCCUUCUCGCGCCCCCUCGCGUGGCACGUGCUGCGGGAGCCGUUCGUCCGCGGGGGCGGCGAUGGCAGCGGUGGCGACGACUUCAGCGUGGACGCGCUGGCCCGGCACAGGCUCGGGGACGAGCUGGCGGACUGGCUGCUGGACCCGCUGUGCCGCGGCGUGUUUGCCGGCGACAGCCGCCGGCUGAGCGUGCGCUGCUGCUUCCCCGCUCUCUACCGUGCCGUCGCCCUCCACGGGUCCAUCGUGGGCGGCUCGCUCCUCUCCCGCGAGCCAGACGACCCGGCCGUCUCGUCCAACGAGCUCGUCAGGAGGUCCCGGCAGGAGCGGUGGGCCAUGUGGUCCCUGCGGGAGGGCAUGGGCACCUUGCCCAAUGCCCUGGGGGCAUUCCUGGAGGGCAGGGGCGUCGAGCUGCUCACCAACGCCGCCGUGCGGCGGAUCGACUUCACGGGCGACCGGAAGGCCACGGUGGAAUUUGAUGGUGACACAAUUACUGUGGACCACAUCAUUAGCACAUUGCCUGCAAAAGCCCUGUCCCCGCUGCUGCCCGCCGACCUGUCCGUGCUGCGGGAGGAUCUGAGCCGCAUCCGCUCCGUCACCGUGGCUGUGGUGAACCUGGAAUACCCAGGCAGCGUACUCCCCGUGCAGGGGUUUGGACAUCUCCUCCCAUCGUCCGAGUCCGGCCCGGUGCUGGGCGUCGUGUACGACAGCAUGCUCUUCCCCCAGCACAACCGGCGCGACGUGGAGAGCACACGGCUCACGGUGAUGCUGGGGGGCGCGUGGUAUGAGGAGGCGUACGGGGGUCUGGGCGCGGGCGAGGGGGAGAUGGAGUCGCUGCUGGCGGACGCGGCGGAGGGAGCCGUGCGGACCCAGCUGGGCGUGGACGUGCGACCCACUCGUACCUCCGUCAGCCUCAACCAGGACUGCAUCCCUCAAUACGAAGUCGGACACUGGAAAAUCAUGGAGAGGAUCGCGCUGGAGGUGGGGUCCCGGCGUCUCCCGCUGAGCCUCACCGGCGCCUCCUUCAACGGCGUCUCCAUCAACGACUGCGUCUACAACGCGGGGUCGGCCGUCGCCACGCUCCUCCGGACGCACGUGUGAACCCCCUCUCGCGAGUCCCACACCAGCGCGGGGGGGGGG